AUGCCCACUCAUGAAGCUCUUGAUAUUCUCUCAGCCAUUCCUUUAACUGAUGAUACCAUUAUAUGUGGAGAUUUUAAUGCACGCCUUGGUUCAGUAACUGGUGACUAUGCAUCUAACCCUCGUGGUGUAGCUUUAGAGCAAUGGCUUGAAGAACGAUCUUUAACUGUCCUCAAUGGAGUUCUCUCACCAUGCACACCCACAUAUAUUUCCUUUCGUAACAAAGUUGAAAUCAGCAGCAUCAUUGACCUUUUUAUCACCAACACCAACUUUGCCAACCCUUCUUUACACAUUGCAACCAAACUAUCUUUAGGCUCUGAUCACCGACUUCUCUCACUUUCCUUUACUUAUGACCUGCAACACUCACCACCAGCACCUCCACCUAUGUGCCAAACUUGGAAUCUGUCACGUCUUUAUGAAGAAGAUGUCAGAUCAUUAUAUGUCACCACCUUUGUCACCAAAUCCGCCUCCAUUCUCACCACACUACAAGACCUUGUUCAGAAUCCGCCAACUAUAUGUCCACCCAUUGAUACUCUUACUAACUCUUUCAAUGCACUCAUUUAUGACUCUCUUAGUAGCUCAAUUGGUUCUCGCCCCCCUCGCCCCUCACAUUGGAAAUCGUUUUGGACCCCUGCAUUGCAAGCUGCAGCCGACCAUAGAGAUGAUUCUUGUGGCAUUGACAAGAUCAAUUGGUGGAGCCGGCACCAGCAUGCACACAAGGAGUUUCGUCAGCAAGUUCAGACAGCAAAGCAUUUGUCUUGGCAUGCUUUUUGCCACUCAAUGAACUCGGAUUUCAACAAGGCCACAUCUAAGAUAAAACAGUUGAAACGGCGCAGGCAACUACAACACACAUUUCAGCAUGAUGAUGGCCCAGCAGUCGCAGCAACAGUUAUGUGUGAUCAUCUUGCAUCUGUCUAUAGUGGACAUAUUCUUCCUGACAUUCGACCUUCACCACCACCACUCAACAUCUCUCUCAUGCCUUUUGCCUCUGUUGACUCCCCAUUCACCUCAUCAGUGGUGGAGGCCUUCAUGCAAUUUAUGCCUAACCGCAAGGCGCCAGGUCCUGACCACAUCCGUGCAGAAAUGCUAAAACCCAUUUGGUCUCACAUCUCACCUCUCCUUGCCUGUCUUUUCACCAUCUGCUGGCAAUGUAUGAGUUUCCGUGCUGAUGUGCUGAUAACAAAGUUUUGUAUUCGUGCUCACUACCUUCCCUCUGGCUGCCUUUUGUCUCUUCUUCACCGUCACCACUCUCAGUCUUCAUCACUUGUCACUCUUUGUCAUAAUACUCUCCUUCAAAGCAUCCCUAUUGAUUUAAAUGUUCAUAGUGGCAAAGCUCUCAAACAUCACUUCGAAACCUUUCAACAGUUCAAAACUGAUCAGCUCCGAUUGUCUUCAAACCAAGUCUUGUUCCUAGCAUGCUGCCCUCUUUUGGAAGUCAAUUCUAUUCUGUUCUUGCCUGCAACUAGGGUGGAACGUAGCCGCCUUGUCCGCUGGAGAAUGGGUUGGUUGCCUGGCACUCCUAAGAAUUGCCCUUGUGGUACUGACCAUACCUCACGUCGUCAUCUUGCUGUCUGCUCUUUGGUUCCUGGCCAUUUGUUGGCCUGUCUUCCUAUUCCAUCUGAUCAAAACUAUAAUCCAAUUGAUUUUGCUAUACACUAG